AUGGCGUUUAUUACUUUUAUUACUUUUCUGGAGAAGAUGCAAUCGGCCUUGAAGAUGUCGAUGGCAGACGAGAUAGUUGAAGCUGAGCUUGUCCAGAACAAGAUAGCAGAGGCCUUUGAGCCUCGAAUACCCAAAUACCACAAGAUUCAAAGACACUAUAUUUUCUCGCCCAAUGUGAACGUCAAGCGAUUCGGGUGCAUGUAA